AGUUACGUAGGUACGAAGUAAAUAUUAUCGGGUGUUGUGCCAAUGUUUUAGGUAUGUCGAUGGCGAGAACGCGAAGUAAUUUAUGUAUCUGAAAUAAUCCGAGUUAUUCGUUAGUAUCUAAUUUAUUUUUUUGUUAGUAUGUCGUCCCUUUAUAUUUUACUAAUUACGUGCGUCGUUGUAGGAGUGUACGGCGAUGAACAUAAUCAUGUUUAUGAUGAUCAUGAUGAAGUUGUUCUGUGGAUGAACACUGUUGGACCAUAUCAUAACCGACAAGAAACAUAUGCCUACUUUUCUUUGCCAUUUUGUGUGGGGACAAAGGAGAGCAUUGGCCAUUAUCAUGAGACUCUCAGUGAGGCUCUGCAAGGAGUGGAACUUGAAUUCAGUGGCUUGGAUAUUGAAUUCAAAGCUGAUAUCUCAAGCACUCCGUACUGUGAAAUACAACUAACUGAAGAGAAGCAAAAAGCCUUUACCUAUGCAGUGAAGAAUCAUUACUGGUAUCAGAUGUACAUGGAUGAUCUUCCUGUUUGGGGAAUUGUAGGAGAAGUGGAAGAUGAUGAUGGUACACCGAGUUACUACAUCUGGACACACAAAAAGUUUGAUAUUGGAUACAAUGGGAAACAGAUUGUUGAUGUUAAUCUGACCUCAGAAAAUAAAGUGAAACUGAAGCUUGAUGCAAAAAUUCCUUUCACUUAUGAAGUGAACUGGAAGAAAUCUAGUAUUAGGUUUGAAGAUCGAUUUGACAAAUAUUUGGAUCCAAACUUUUUCCAGCAUCGGAUUCACUGGUUUAGCAUUUUCAAUAGUUUUAUGAUGGUAAUCUUCUUGGUUGGUCUUGUAUCAAUGAUUCUCAUGCGAACACUAAGAAAAGACUACGCUCGUUACAGCAAGGAUGAAGAACUGGACGACAUGGAGCGAGACCUUGGUGACGAGUACGGCUGGAAACAGGUGCAUGGUGAUGUUUUCCGUCCAGCAUCCCAUUGCAUGCUGUUCUCUGCCUUGGUGGGGGCUGGCUACCAGGUCACUGUGGUUGUACUCAGCGUCAUCAUCUUCGCUAUGCUGGGAGAGCUUUACACAGAGCGAGGUUCACUGUUAAGUACAGCCAUAUUCGUGUAUGCAGCUACAUCACCGGUGAAUGGAUACUUUGGAGGAAGCCUUUAUGCUCGUAUGGGCGGAAAGAUAUGGAUACGCCAGAUGUUGCUUUCAGCAUUCAUGCUCCCAGCUCUAGUCUGUGGCACCGCCUUCUUCAUUAAUUUCAUUGCUAUUUAUUACCAUGCAUCUCGGGCCAUUCCUUUUGGGACCAUGGUUGCUGUUACGUGCAUCUGCAUCUUCGUGAUAUUGCCAUUGACGCUUGUGGGUACGGUGCUUGGGCGCAAUUUGGCAGGACAGCCAGACUUCCCCUGCCGUAUCAACGCAGUACCGCGUCCAAUACCAGAGAAAAAGUGGUUCAUGGAGCCUGUAGUAAUUGUUGUUCUUGGUGGAGUCUUGCCAUUUGGUUCAAUCUUCAUAGAGAUGUAUUUUAUCUUCACAUCAUUUUGGGCGUAUAAAAUCUACUACGUUUACGGCUUCAUGCUGCUGGUGUUCAUCAUCCUGAUGAUAGUCACUGUAUGUGUCACUAUCGUCUGCACGUAUUUUCUCCUGAACGCAGAAGACUAUCGAUGGCAGUGGACAAGCUUUUUGGCAGCAGCUUCGACUUCUGGCUAUGUCUACAUGUAUUCCUUUUACUAUUUCUUCUUUAAAACCAAGAUGUAUGGCCUGUUCCAGACAGCUUUCUAUUUUGGCUACAUGGCUUUGUUCAGCCUUGCCCUUGGAAUAAUGUGUGGGACAGUGGGUUAUGUAGGAACAAGUGUUUUUGUGAGGAAGAUCUACUCUACUGUGAAAAUAGACUAGUUUGAAGAAUGAACCACCAUUUAUUUUAAUAUGAUGUAACAAUUCAUACGACUUGCAGUAGGUGCGUGUGUUCAGGUUUUUACAGAAGUUGAGAAUUUUAUGUGAUUUAUGUAAGAGAUAUUGCAUUUUGUACAGAAAUGUGGUAUGUGUUGAACGAUUAGAAUAGUGCACUGGAUUUUGGUGGGAAGUUUGAUUUUGUUAAAUUCUUACAAACUUAAUGUUAAAUUUCCCAUAAUACACUCUGUUCCUUAUUCAAAGGAAGCUUGAUAAGAAGACCACCUUUAGAUGCGGCACAGAUAUCUCAAACUAACAAGAUGAAGCAUUGUUAAUGUUAUUUACUUCUGCUUGAUUCAUUAUUUGUAGGUUUUCUUAGUUUCCAGUUCGUGUACAUAUUUAUCUUGUGUGCUGUUUUUAAGACCCAGUCAGAUGUGGAACAUUUCUAAUUAAGAGUGUGUAGUGGGUAAUGGUUGGUUAAUCAAAAUAAUAAAGUAAACAGUGGAUUUCUAUAUUCAUUUUGGAAAUCAGUAUGAAACGUUGUUAAUAGAACUGAUGUUUCUGAAAUAACAUAUUGUAAACUGGUAGUAGUAAGUGAGAAAUAUCCAUGUAAAAUGUGAAGGCACUGACUUGAUGCAAUUUCCAAAAGGCUUGUGUGAUCUUAAGGCUUCUGUUUUCUUUGAUUAAUUUUUAAUAAGGUAAUGUUUUCUGAUCUAUGGACCAUAACACGUUUUCAUGAAAGAAGAGAGUAAUGCUAGUGGCAUUACAUCACAUGACUGGGAAUUCUUCAGUUUUAUAUAUGAAUUCCUCCUCCUCAUUACGGCUCGAAAGUCCCAGCGUUAAAGUUCUUAUUUUCAUUGAAUAAACUUGCAGGAUUUCACCAUUUAUCAUACCGAUACAUUAUUGACCUAGUAAAAUAAGAUUUAUUAUUUAAAAGGCUGAGGUUAUUUGUGCAGUAUGUGUUAUUCUUUAGAAAACAUUUAUGCACCAUCUGUUUGUACGUUAUGGAACUUGCAUUGAAUAUUCAAGAGAACCAUAAUUCAUUACCGGAGAUGUAAUUACUUCGUAUUUCUAAACAAAAUGUGUGUAUAUAAAAGGUAGAAAAAAUGUCAUUUAGUUUACGUACAGUCCAAAUAUUUCAACUAAUAACAAAAACCUUACCUUGUUUGCAGAUAUGUCCAUAAGGAAAUUGGAUUUUGAUCUGAGUAAGACUGGAAAGAGGUGAAUUAUUUUGUCAUAGUUGAAGAGUAUUAAUUUAAUCCGAUAGCACAGAACACAUUCCUUAGUUUGCAAGUGUGAAAACUGUGUGUUGUUACUUAUUUUUUGCUUGGUUUUGUUGGUUAGGCAGACAUGUUGUUUGUAUCGUGAAGUGGUCAUUUCUUGACUUUGUACAGUAUUUCUUUAGUUCUGCACUUGUGAGAGAGUCAAUGAAUGGAAAUGCAUAGCUGUAAAACAUGUAUAAAUGAAUUAACAAAUAUAUUUCAUUGUAACUACAUUCAAAAUUCUGUUAGUAAGCUAUGUACUGACUGUAUUUGUAAUUGGAGAAUUUUGUAGUAACAGAUUUACAACCCCUCCCCCCCACCCAGAAUAUACAUGUUUUGAAAAUAUGUACUUUUUUUUUCUGGGUAGCAUGGGUAGGCUACAAAGAACUGAAAAUGUUUUUCAUUUUAUGUGUCAGAAUGCUUUAUUAUGAAUUUUCUUUAUGUUCUGUAACAGUGAAGGGAUGACAAAUGAUUAUUACAUAACCAUAAUUCCUAUAAGGUAGUGUUCAUAUGUUCGAGCCCUGCAAAAGAAUGAGUCCUGCGGCAGACAUUAAACAUCUGUUUCUCACUGGAUGUGGUGCCAUGCUGAUAGAUCGCGUUCAUGUCUGGUGACUGGAAGAUGGCUGCAUGUGCUUCAGAAACAGAUUAAAUCCAGUAUAGAGCGCUGUUUUGUUCCAUGGCCGCGACUGGGAAGAGUGCUGUCUUCUAGGAUGUAACAUGUUGUAGAUCGCUAGAGGUUGAUGGAUGUUUUGGAGGAAUGUACUGCCUCCAUCUUCAGGGUCAAAGUCUCAAGUAUCCAGCAAGAAACAAGAUUGCAGCAGCUUGUUGCCUGCUUCUUGAUUACAACCUGCUUGAUAUACUCUUUGACCCUGAAGGUGUGGGGGUAGUACAUUUCGUGAAAACAUUGAACUUCUACUGGAGCACUGCAAUACAUACCCAGGUCAUAGUGCCCUUCUAAAUAAGGUUUCUUUAAUUAAUACCUAUCUUUAAGACAAAACACACAUAACCCCCCACCCAAGAAUGGAUUAAGAGCACCUUCUAUAGUUUUUGUUGUUACAGAUGUUUCUUUUUUGCAAGGUUUAGCAUAUGCUAUUAAAAAGACUAUCUUAUUUGCAGCAUUUAACACAUCAAGUUCAGAUAUCUUCUGGAGUUGUAGUUCUCCAUUUUAAUUCCCUUCCUUUUAUGCAUUCUUUUAGUAUGCUUCAAAUAAAAAAAAUGCUGAUAUGACUCCCAAUGCUUGUCUGUCAAUCACAUCUUUGAAUUUUGGAAUUUUUUUUUAUUGAAUUGAAACUUGGUAUGAGAAAUGGCAGACAAAGUUUCUGGAAUACAAAUAUGAGAAGAAACAGCCUUUUAUGAUUGAUACUUGUAAUAUAUUCAGGCUGAUAGUCCGAAACUUUUGAUAUAAUGGUUUCUCUGCUAUAUGCCUGUGGUCGGAUUUUAGAAUUGGUGCAGGGUUUAGGAUUUCUUAUUCUAGUUCGUGUUGCAGCCAAGAGAUGUACAUUACGCUGAGUAGACCAAAGUACGCCAUUCAAAUUUCAAGCUUUGUUAAAACACAGUGUAUUAAAAAAAAUAACUUUCAUAUUGCUCAAAAUGACUGAGUUUCAGAUAAUACAUUUCUAGCUGGGUCUGAAUAUGUUCAACUGUUGUUUUUAAUCUCGUUCAAUAUAGCCUAACUUGAGAGGAAAGUGUUAGGGUCUUCCAAUGUGAACAGUUGUUACAGUCUUUCAUUUCCAUGGUUCUUUCUUUCUUGUGCAGUGCCAAUUUGUGAUAAAGAAGAUGGUGAUUUUUUUUCAUUGUAUAGAAUAUAUAAUAAUCAAGAGUGUGUGUGUUCAGUUGUUAUUUAUGUUUCAUAUGUUAUUCCAGGUUACAAAUGCUUGACUUUAUUCUUAGCAUAUUUGUGAUACAUAAUUUCUAGCACUUACCGUUUCUUUCAGUAGAUGGCAUUAUAAAGUGUGUUAUGUUACGAAAAGCAGUAUCAAUUUAUUUCUCAAUGUGUUAACAUUCGAAGAGCCACAAACUUAAAAAGGUUUAAAGACUCAGAUAUCUUAACUGUUGGAAUGGUUGUUUCAGUGUAGCAACAACCAUUCAGGUUUUUUAUAUUCAUGUAUGAAUAUUUUUGACAUAUAUACGCUGUAAUUCUGAUUAUCCCACAUAGAUUGCAGUCAUGACCAUUGGUAAUACAAAAGGCCUUUCUCUUAUGAGACAGCAGAAAAGUAUAAAUGUAGAGAUUGGCGUAACUAGUCAUUUGAAAGUAAUCGCAGCUAAUCGGUAUAUGCAUUAUAGGCUCUCCCUGUAUGAUGAUAUUUUAUUUGUAAACUGAUACUGAACAGUGCUUCAGUCUUCAUCAGAAAGUGAAAUCAUAGUUCUUUUUUCAUAUAUUUCAAUCUGUUACUAAACUUGCAAGUAACUCCAAAUUUUUGUUUCCUUAAUGUCUGCUCUAUGUGAAAACAAUGUAUUUUAUAACCACUGACAAAAAAUAAUAUACUUUAUACCUUU